AUGUCAAAUAAAAACCAAUACAAUGUAUUAGUAGAUAUGGAAGAUGGUGCUGCUUAUACACAACCUACUACCAUUGAAAGCGACGGUUUAGAAUUUCAAGCUCCUCCUUCAGCUUCAACAGGUGUACCCAAUUUUUACAAUGCAGAACAACAAUCAACUCCUGGAGGAUUAGGAAAACCCAUAUGGUCUGUUGAUUAUUAUACUCGAUUUUUUGACGUGGACACUUCACAAGUUGUUGAACGAUGUUUGAAAUCACUUUAUCCAGUGGGCGAUUUUGCAGAAGAUACUCUUAAUCAUCAACCCGAUUUAUAUGGACCAUUCUGGAUUGCUACAACAGUUGUGUUUGCAGUGUUUGUAUGCUCAUCCUUGGCAGGCUCCUUGGCAGCUUAUAUUGCAGGUGUAGAACAUUUGUACGAUUUUCGACAACUAAGCUACGCUGUUUUUGUUGUAUACACCUAUUCAUUUGUAUGUCCCAUUUUGGUCUGGGCUUCCACCAAAUAUUUUGGUUGUCAACCAUCAUUAUUGGAAAUUGUGGAUUAUUAUGGUUAUGGUUUGACUGUUUGGAUACCAGUCUCUGUAACUCGAAAAAGAGAAAAACUGGCAAAACAAAUGGCUGAAAAGAAACUAGAUAGAUCUUCUUAUGUCAAUCAAACACCAUUUCGAUUUGCAGAACGCAACUUUAAAUCUCGAUAUCCACCCCCUGAUUUCUCUCAAGUGAUCUAUCCUACCAUCGACUGCUGUCCUAAUGGAUUAGAACCUGUACAACUUGUUCAUGACUUGCGGUCAUUGACUCCUCUUUUUGGUGUUAUUGAUGAAGUUUGGGAACAACGAUCAAGACAAGCAUUCAUAUUGAAGGAAUUACCAGGACUUAUUAUUAUACCCAAUCCUUUCACACCAGAAGCACAACGUCAUUUGAUCCAACAAUGUUUAUCAGAAUAUCCAAAAGCACCCAAUACAUCCAAUCUACAUACCCAUUACGAUAUUCCUCCCACUGGACUAUGGCCUUUGUACGAACGGGAACAAACUGGAACCAUCCCUAUGAAUGAUCCUAGCUACUAUAUUCAACGAAAGCGACACACUAACAAAAAACAAAAUGACUCUUAUUCUGAUAGCGAUGAUGAUGAUGAUGAUAACAAUACUGAAGAUAAAGGUGAAUCCAAAAAAGUGGAGAAACGAACACUAGCAAUUCCUUUGAAAGCUUGUGAUGACAACUUCAAACCCAAUAUGGACGUACCGAAACCAGACCCACCUGCCGCUGAUACUGUCCCACUGCUUCCAACUUCUGAUCUGAUACGACGAUUACGGUGGAUUACACUGGGUUACCAUUAUCAUUGGCCAACAAAGACAUAUCAUUUGGAUCGACGCUAUCCUGUUCCAGAUACUGUGAAUUCAUUGGUGACAAGUGUGGUACAAGCUAUUGAAGGUAUAGGAGAUCAAGCAAAGACAUGGAAAAACACAUACCGUGGAGAUGAUUAUCAUCCAGAGGCUGGUGUGGUUAAUUAUUAUCAAUACAAGGAUGCUUUGAUGGGACAUGUGGAUCGAAGCGAACUGAAUACAGAAGCUCCUUUGAUAUCCAUAAGGUAA